AGCCGGAGUUAAAGAGUCGUGGACGAACGUGUUUGUUCCUGAGGAGGAGCCUGUGUCUAGAGGAAAAGAGAAGACUGUUAUACGUACCGUCAGGCCUGUCGCAAAUCGAAGAGGAAAUGCUGAAGGUUUCUCUGUCGAAGUGAGAAUUAGAUCAUUCAAUAUGAGGAAACAGAAGACCAAAACUGGCCCACAUGCUGCAGAAGAGGAUACUGUCAUUUCUAAGUCCAAGGAAGAGAACAGUGAGACCACCAAUGAAGGAGUGCAGGAUGGAGAUGAGAAGGUGCAUGCCAGACUGCUCAGUGACGUGAGCAAGAUCAGCAAAAGAAAAUUGAGUGCUGGAAAUAAGAAGCCACAAGCUAAACUGCUCAGUGAUGUGAGCAAGGUCAGCAAGAAACUUCGUGCUGCAGAAGAGGAUGACAUCUUCAUCUCCAGGCCCAGGGGAGAGGACGGGGAGACCAGUGAUGAAGAGGGGGAUGAUGGAGAUGAGAAGGCACAUGUCAGACUGCUCAAUGACAUGAGUAAGAUCAGUAAAAAAGAAGUAAGUAUUUUGAUUUAAUGGAGAGAGACAAAA